CUUUGAAGCAUCCAUUACUGAUAACUGAAUCUUCCUAAAGUACAAGUAAAUAUGGCAUUGAGACACACUGUUGUGAUUGUUUUAGCGUACUGUGCGUGUGCACUGGCAUGCUGGGGAGGUAGUGGAGGAGGCGGUGGCAGCAGUGGAGGGGGCGGUGGCAGCAGUGGCGGAGGUGGUGGCAGCAGUGGCGGAGGCGGUGGCAGCAGCGGUGGUUGUGGCGGCGGCGGUUGUGGGGGUACAAGCACAAAUCACGGCCGUAUAGCUGAUAAUGCUAGACGGUAUAUUGGGUCUACAGAGUACAGUUUUGGAUCAGACUAUGGUCCGGGCCCUAAUAAAUAUAAAUGCAACUACUUUGUACACGAUGUUUUGGUAGAAAGUGGAGCCUCGGCUCCAGAAAGACGUCCUUCGUGGGUUCCGGGAUCGUACCCGAUCAGUGCCGAAUCGUGGGGGAAUCGACAUGAAACUAAAUCCGGCUGGAGAGUGGUGGGCACCGAUCCGUCCGAGGCACAGCGUGGUGAUGUCGCUGCCGAUGGUGCGCAUGUCGGUAUUGUCAGUGGGAAUGACAAAACAAUAAGUGCUAGCGCCAGGGAAGAUAAGGUAGUUGAAAACGACUGGGGAUUUCGCCAGCAACAGCUUGGCGACGUUAUCUUCUAUCGAGAAGAAUAAGAAUCGACACUGAAUGUAUAAUCAUCUUUUCGUUCAAUGCAUAUUCUUACUGAUUAAUUUCAUGCCUAAAUAAACAGAGUUUCUUGUGAAACACAUAAACAAACAAUGCUAUAGAACGAUUGCUAUUGGUUAUAAUAAUUAAACUACGAAGUUACACAAA